GGCUGCUCUGCUAGCUAUACAAAUGCAGACAGUUGCCAAAAUGGCGGCCGAAGGAUCAGCAAGUGUUAAUCCAAAUGCGGAAAUUGUUCGCGGACAGAUUUUCGAGGUUGGUCCUCGUUACACAGGAUUAUCAUAUAUGGGAGAAGGAGCCUAUGGAAUGGUUGUUUCGGCUUAUGAUAACACUACUAAAACAAAAGUAGCUAUCAAGAAAAUUUCACCUUUUGAACAUCAAACAUAUAGCCAAAGGACUUUAAGGGAAAUAAAAAUCCUCACCAGGUUUAAACAUGAAAAUAUAAUAGAUAUAAGAGAUAUAUUGAGAACACCCUCUAUAGAUCAUAUGAAAGAUGUGUAUAUUGUUCAAUGCUUAAUGGAAACUGAUCUUUACAAAUUACUUAAGACACAGGCAAUAAGUAACGAUCACAUCUGCUAUUUUCUAUACCAAAUUCUUCGAGGGCUCAAAUAUAUACAUUCAGCGAAUGUAUUGCAUAGAGAUUUGAAACCAAGUAAUUUGUUAUUGAAUACCACGUGUGACCUUAAAAUUUGUGACUUUGGUUUAGCUAGAGUCGCGGAUCCAGAUCACAAUCAUGCGGGUUUUCUCACGGAAUAUGUAGCGACGAGAUGGUACCGCGCACCAGAAAUCAUGUUAAAUUCAAAGGGUUACACGAAAUCGAUAGAUAUUUGGUCUGUGGGCUGUAUUUUAGCAGAGAUGCUGUCUCGAAGAGCAAUUUUUCCAGGCAAACAUUAUUUGGAUCAACUUAAUCAUAUUUUAGGUGUACUUGGUUCACCAUCUCCCGAAGAUCUCGGAUGCAUUAUAAAUGAAAAAGCACGCAGUUACCUACAGUCAUUACCAUAUAAACCAAAAGUACCAUGGACGAGUCUAUUUCCAGAAGCAGAUCCAAAAGCUUUGGAUCUACUAGAUAAAAUGUUAACAUUUAAUCCUAAUAAACGAAUAGUUGUUGAAGAUGCAUUAGCUCAUCCAUAUUUGGAACAGUAUUACGAUCCAGCUGAUGAGCCUGUAGCGGAAGAACCGUUCAGAUUUGACAUGGAGUUAGAUGAUCUUCCCAAGGAAACUCUUAAAAAGUACAUUUUCGAAGAAACCAUAUUAUUCCAACAAAAUCAUUAACAAGACUAUAUAUAGUCAAUAGAUUGCAGGAUGACUGAAAAAAUAUAGUGUGAGAUGAAGUAACAUGGACUCAAAUUUGUUUACCAAACUAUCUUCUGUUACCGAAAAGAUGAGAUACAAUAUUAAGGUUAGUUCAUAGGUUGGCAGUUGUAGUAAAUUACCAUAUUUUCGGACACAAUUGUGUUCAAAAUACAAAAAAUUUAUGUGUUCUUAUUUUCUUUCUUUUCUACUGAUGAAAACACGGUGAUUUUCCUUUUUUUUUAUUUCAAAAAAAAAUUAUAAAAUCUAAGUUGUAAAUUGUAAAUCAUCGAUAUAUUAUAAAAAAAUUAAAUUUUCCAGUCACAUAUUUUGAAUGUAAAAUUUUUAAAUUGCGUAUAAUUUUUAUCAUUCUCUCGGUGUGUGCAAUAAAAAAAAAAAAAAAAAAAAAAAA